CAAGUAUAUGUUUCCGUGAAGACGACAAAAGAUGAUGAAUAGUGUCACUGAAUAUUAGUAUACAAUCGACCACUGACCAGUGAACAUCUCAAGUGAAUUUACAUAUUUCGUGUUUCAAAUUGUAAUUUUUUUGUUAUAAAAUGGUUUCGUGCAGUGUGAAAUCUUGUAAUAAUAAGGGUGUAAACUCGAAAAAUAAAAUUGAUGGUGUAAUUUGCCAUAAAUUUCCACGUGAUCUUCGGGUAAAACGUGUAUGGGUUGCAAAAACUAUGAACGCCGAUAGUUGGAUACCAACAAAAAAUAGUGUGAUUUGUUCACUACACUUGGAAGAAACAUAUUUAUAUUUAUCUACAAAAGAUAUCCCUUAA